UAGCUCGCGCUCCUCGCUGGACCAAUCAGAUUCUCCUGACCUAUUAUGGUAAUGGACGUGACAGGCUGGUACCCAAGAUGCAUUGCGUUUUGAGGCAGGUCUGCUAGAGCUAAGAUGACCGACUUUGAGGAACCGCUCUCCGACGACGAGAAGGUCCGCAUAGCAGCUAACUUUGUUACCCAUGCUCCACCUGGCGAGUUCAACGAAGUCUUCAAUGAUGUGCGGCUUCUACUCAACAAUGACAACCUCCUCAGGGAGGGGGCAGCACAUGCCUUUGCCCAGUAUAAUAUGGAUCAGUUCACCCCUGUUAAACUGGAAAAUUCGGAGGAGUCGGUUCUGAUUACGGAGCAUGGGGAUUUGGGUCAGGGGCGCUUCUUUGACCCACAGAGCCGCAGGUCAUUCCGUUUUGAUCACCUGCGUAAGGAGGCCUGUGAUCCGCAGCCCUACCAGGGUGAGACUGCGCUGCACUCCUGGAGAGACGCCUGUGAUACUGCACUUAGUGCAUACGUCAAGGAGCAUUACCCAACCGGAGUGUGCACGGUAUAUGGAAAAACAGUGGAUGGACAGAAGACCAUUAUUGCCUGUAUUGAAGGACAUCAGUUUCAGCCUAAAAACUUCUGGAAUGGGCGCUGCAGGUCAGAAUGGAAGUUCACCAUCAACCAGUCUUCCUCUCAAGUGGUGGGGGUGCUGAAAAUCCAGGUGCAUUAUUAUGAGGAUGGUAAUGUGCAGCUGGUCAGUCAUAAAGAGGUGGAGGAGUCCAUCAUAGUUUCUGAUGAAGAAUCGACCGCGAAGGAAUUUGUAAAAAUAAUUGAAAAUGCAGAGAAUGAUUACCAGACUGCCAUCAGUGAGAACUACCAGACGAUGUCGGACACGACCUUCAAAGCUCUGCGCAGGCAGCUCCCUGUCACCCGCACCAAGAUCGACUGGAACAAGAUUCUCAGCUACAAGAUUGGCAAAGAGAUGCAGAAUGCCUAGAACGUGCCUGGUUCCAGCUCUCUUCCUCUCUCAAUGCAGAACCGGUCAAAAAGAAAACCACAUGCUGUUCGCUAACCAGAGGGAGACCCCCAAACUCUGAAAACAGAAAACAGAAAAAAAAAAAAAAAAACAAAUAAGUCAUGGAACUUGCUCUAUCAAUGUUACUAAGAGGAUGUGAUUCCAUUCAAUUUUGGGUUUGUAAAAGGACUCAGUUAUUGGAGGAGGGUCGGACAUAAGCUUAGAGGGAGUCUGGAUCAAAAUUUCUGGCAAAAUGAUGCCAUUAUUGCAUUUAUGUGAAUUCAUCUGACCCUGUCUAUCCAAAUUCUUUUGCAAGGGUGUGUACAGUGUAGUGGUUUUUCUUUGUUUUUUGUUUUGUUUGUUUUUUGGUGUUGUGAGCUGCGAUGGUUUGGAAUGUUUGUGAGUACGGUUUAAUUGUCCUUAAGAGAAGCAGAGAACUGUUGUCUGUCUCGCUCAGCAACUACUGACUGCAGUACAAUACUCAGAACAAACCUCCUGUCCUUUCAUUUACAGAGUGUGUAAGGACAGGAGGCUUGUGUCCGAGUGUUGGAAUUGGUCUUUGUCUUAAUGCCUCACUCUAAGUACCUCCUUCCACCUGUAACUUAAACCCUCCCCCCUAAAAGGAAUACGUUUAAAAUAUGUAUGCUUUCCAGGAUCAAUAAAGGAAAAAUAAAUAGUC